AUGUGCCGAGUGGGCCACCCGGACCCCAGCAGGCACCGAGCGGUGCUGAUGAAGACGGGGCUCAUCCUCCUCAUCGUCGGGCACCUCAUCUUCAUCAGCGGGGCGCUGGUGCACGGCUCCGGGCUGCGCUUCGUGCUCGGCGCCCGCGACGCCGCCGCCCUGCACUACGGUGUCACCAACGGCGCCGCUGUCAUCGCUGCCCUGCUGACCAUCUCCUGUGGGGUCUGUGCCCUGCUGCUCUCCCGGUACCUCGGCCCUGCUGCCCUGAAAUGGGCCCUGCUGGCCCUGAGCUCCUGCAGCAGCCUGUGCUGCCUGUGCUGCCUGCUGGCGCUGCUCGCGGCCAUCGGGCUGACCCUGGGCACGCAGGGCCGGCUGCUGCUGGGCCCCUGCUCCGCCGGCAGCUCCACCCUGGCCCCGGGGAGCCGCCAGUGCCCCUUCGACCCCACCCGCGUCUACAGCUCCACGCUGUCCCUCUGGGUCAUCUCCCUCCUGUUGGAGGCCACGGGGAUCUUCUUCAGCACCCGCUGCCUCCUGCUCACCCUGGAGCUCCUGGGCCUGGGCUGCUGCUGCUGCUGCCGCGGGAUGCUCCGGAUGCAGGUCUCUCUGCAGGAAGCUCCUGUGGAAAGCCCCGGCCCUGGGCAGUGCCUGGCCUUGCUGAGACUGGACAGUGGAGAAACUGCCCGGCUCUGA